AGCCGGGGCCCAGCUGUCUUGCGAGUUAACUGGCGGCUGAGGUUGCGGCUGCCGGAGCCGUCGCCGCCGGAGACGACUCUCGAGUUUGUAGGCAACUUGGUCCGGUAGGGCGCGGCGAAGUUGAGUGCCGCCCAGGACCGGGCGCUAAGGAGAGAGUUACGCGCCCUGGGCCUGGGCGAUGAUGCUGAGAGGCGCUCGAGGUACCGCGCGCGGGCGCCGAUAGCGGAAGCCCCUCGCCCGGACAGCAACAAAGCUGGAACCCGCAGCGAGCCUUCCCCUGUCCCAUCUCCGCGGCGACAGCGACGGCGACGACAGCAGCGCUCCCGGUGGCAGUGGUGGCGACCCUGGAGGAGGCGGAGGAAGAAGCGACAGAGGCGUUCGCUGUCGCGGAGGGCCAGCAUCCAGAAGCCGCGUUCCCCAAAGGACAAGGGAUGCCCGGAGACUGCUGCUGCGGAUUUAGGAUCUCCUCCCGAGCAGCCUUCCCCGUCUCCAUUGCCUCGACUCCGAAAAGUUCGACGUCGGAAACCGCGGCAGCGACUGCGCAGGACAGCGAUCAUGGAACUCGAGAACUUCGUGGCCAACAAUCUGUUGCUGAAGGCCCGGCUAGGAUUUAACAAAAAGACUGGUCGCAGUAAAAAAUGGAGAGAGCUCCUGAAGUUUCCCCCAGUCAGCAUGUGCACUGAAUUAAGAUCGUCCAUCGAAAAGGAUUUUAGCAGUCUUUGCAACAAACAGCCAAUUGGAAGACUUCUUUUCAGACAAUUCUGUGAUACAAAACCAGAUCUAAAAAGGUGCAUUGAAUUCUUGGAUGCAGUGGCAGAGUACGAAGUUACCAUUGAAGAGGAACAAAGAGAAUUUGGACUAGCCAUCUUCAGUAGAUUCUUCAAAGAGAAGUCAGAAGUUCCCUUACCAGAGAUACCUCCAGCUUUUGUGAAACAGUGUAAAUGGAAUCUGAAGCAGAAUUCUCCCUCUGAAAAUGUUUUCGAAGAAUGUGCUGGAAUUGUCUAUAAGUAUUUGAGUGAAACACCAUUUGAAGAAUACCAAGAGAGUAACUACUUUAAUCGAUUUUUACAAUGGAAAUGGCUAGAAAGGCGUCCAGUAACAAAGAACACAUUCAGACAAUAUAGAGUUCUAGGAAAAGGCGGAUUUGGAGAGGUUUGUGCCUGUCAAGUACGAGCUACAGGAAAAAUGUAUGCCUGCAAAAAACUAGAAAAAAAAAGAAUGAAGAAGAGGAAAGGUGAAGCCAUGGCUCUGAAUGAAAAAAGAAUCUUAGAAAAAUUGCAUAGUAGAUUUGUAGUUAGUUUAGCCUACACUUACGAAACCAAGGAUGCUUUGUGUUUGGUGCUAACCAUGAUGAGUGGAGGGGAUUUGAAGUACCACAUUUACAACCUGGGCAAUCCUGGCUUUGAGGAGCCGAGAGCUGUGUUCUAUGCUGCAGAGCUGUGCUGUGGCUUGGAAGAUUUACAGAGGGAGAGAAUUGUAUACAGAGACCUAAAGCCAGAGAAUAUCCUCCUUGAUGAUCAUGGACACAUCCGAAUUUCAGAUCUUGGUCUAGCUAUGGAAAUCCCAGAAGGGGAAAUGGUUCGAGGAAGAGUUGGUACGGUUGGUUACAUGGCUCCAGAAAUUAUCAAUCAUGAAAAGUAUACAUUUAGUCCUGAUUGGUGGGGACUUGGCUGUCUGAUAUAUGAAAUGAUUGCGGGACAUUCUCCAUUCAGAAAAUAUAAAGAAAAAGUCAACAGGGAGGAAUUGGAAAGAAGAGUGAAGAAUGAAACUGAGGAGUACUCUGAGAGGUUUUCAGAGGAUGCCAAGUCCAUCUGCAGCAUGUUACUCAUCAAGGAUCCAAGUAAGCGGCUGGGCUGCCAGAGGGAUGGAGUCUCUGCUGUAAAGCAGCACCCAGUAUUCAAGGAUAUAAACUUCAGCAGGCUGGAAGCAAAUAUGUUAGAUCCACCUUUCAUUCCUGAUCCUCAGGCCAUUUAUUGUAGGAACAUCUUGGAUAUUGGACAGUUCUCUGUGGUGAAAGGAGUCAUCCUGGACACCAAUGAUGAGAUCUUCUACACUGAAUUUGCGACAGGGUCUGUCACCAUCCCCUGGCAGAAUGAGAUGAUUGAAUCUGGAUGUUUCAAGGAUCUCAAUGAAACUGAAGAUGAAGAUUUGUCAUCACUUGAAAAAUACAAGAUGUGUUCCUCCAUUCUCAGACCAAAGAGAAGCUUCUUUCAUAGACUCUUCAGAAGAACGGGCUGCCUGAACAUUGCCCACAAGUGAGGAGAGGGAGACAGCAGAACACUGACCAUUCACUGUGCAGACCACAAAGCAAGACCUUGGUGUUAAGAAGGAAUCUAUCACAUACUCAGUGUCUUGUCCUUUCCAUAAAUUGUAAUAAACUGUCUGUAACACUG